CCUGUGCUGUCUCUUGUCUUGCUUCCUCUGUGGCUGCCGUCCCGAGCUGUGAUCGCAUAUAUGGGGCGCGCGCCGUGCUGCGACAAGGCGAGAGUGAAGCGAGGGCCGUGGUCGCCGGAGGAGGACCGGCAGCUGCGGAGCUACGUCCAGCUGAACGGCACCGGCGGCAACUGGAUCGCCCUUCCGCAGAAAGCAGGGCUGAACCGCUGCGGCAAGAGCUGCCGCCUCCGGUGGCUCAACUACCUGAGGCCGGACAUCAAGCACGGGGGCUACACCGAGCAGGAGGACCACAUCAUCUGCUCACUCUACAGCUCGAUCGGAAGCAGGUGGUCGAUCAUCGCGUCCAAGCUCCCCGGCCGGACCGACAACGACGUCAAGAACUACUGGAACACCAAGCUCAAGAAGAAGGCCAUGGCGGCCUCGCGCGCCAGCGGAGCCUUCACCGCGCCCGGGACGCCGACGGCGCUCUCGCCAGACGCGUCCGCCUCCUCGUCUGUGACCAGCUCGAGCGGCGACGUACGCUUCGCGAUGUACUCGCAGCCACAGCCGCAAACCCAGGGGCUCAUACACUUCGACGCGCCGCCGUGCAAACCGCAGACCGAGCUCGCGCCCGUGCCGCCUGCCGCCAUCGCGCUGGAUGGCACCGGCGGCGUCUGGGCAUCCGAGCCAGCGAGUCACGCCGUGGCGCUGGACGACGUGUUCUUGCCCGAGCUCGUUGGCGGCGACCAGUUGUUCCCGUACGGCGAUUUCUUCGGGGGGCUGCAGGACAGGACCUUGGAGCUCUCCGCGUGCUACUUCCCGAACAUGGCCGAGAUGUGGGGGGCUGCCUCCGAACACGCCCACGCCAAGCCACAGGGUCUCUGCAACACCAUGACAUAAGAGAUCGAGCUCAGUCCAUGGGGUCUUUCUUGCACGAAAGUGUCCAUUGCUCUCCAUUGAGUUCAUCCACGACUGGAGGUCCACCGCUCGAUCUGUUGCUAGCGUAGUUCAUGCUCUUCUUCUCCCCUUUUCUUUUUUCUUCGAGUGAUUAUAGUCUAUAGCUGGUGUUUUGUUGUGCAUUACAUGUAAAUUAGUAUGAUAUAGAUGUAAAUUAUCCUUGGUCGAUUGUACUCAGAAAACCUCAGCUAAUUGAUACGCUUGUCCCUGUGUA